AUGAAGACCCGCGUCAUCUUCGUCGGCAUUGGAGGGGCGACAUGCUCAGGCAAGACGACUCUCGCCAAGCACCUGCGCAAAAUCCUCCCCGGAAGCGUGAUCGUCCAUCAAGAUGACUUUGCCCCACCGCAAGAGUUGAUCCCCAUGCACCCGGAGUAUAACGUGCAAGACUGGGACAGCGCGGAGGGGGCGAUCGACUGGCCGAGGAUGAUCAGGACUCUCAGGGAGGUGAAGCGCACGGGCAUCAUACCGCCGGAGCAUUACUCGCACGACCACCUGAACGAGCAGAGGGACGUGCCCAUCGAGCAGGACACCUUCCGGCGCUGGCACGAGACGUUCACUCGGAUACAAGAUGAGCGGGAGAAGGAAGGAGAGAAAAUCAUCUGGGUCCUAGUGGACGGGUUUUUGUUGUUCUGGCACCCGGAAGUAAUAGAGCUGCUCGACGUCCGCAUGUUCCUGCGGGUCCCCCACGACGUGCUGAAAAAACGCCGGAACGAGAGGCACGGGUACCACACAGCAGAGGGCAGCCUGUGGCGGGAUCCGCCGCAGUACUGGGAGCAGAUUGUGUGGCCGGCGUACGUUGCGGCGCACUCGCGCAUGGUGGAGGGCGGGGACGUCGAGCACGGGCAGCCGAACGGAGCUGUGCCGGACCUGAUCCUGAUCGAGGGGCUGGAGAUGAAGGUGGGGGCGAUGGUCGAGCGCGUGUGCGCGCGCCUGGAAGAGCAAUGA